AUGAAGCAACAGGGAGCUUGGACGAGGUGGGAGAAUGCGGUUGAAAGGAAAGUGACCUGGGCUGAGCUUUGGAAAGCCGAGCCUCACCGCAUCAAAUUCCUCAUCCAGGCAGUGUAUGACGUGCUUCCAAGCCCGUCAAAUCUGCACAUAUGGGGCAUAGCAGAGACACCAGCAUGCCCACUGUGUUCCAAGCGAGGAACCCUGGAACACAUCCUCAGUUGCUGUACAAGGGCACUUGGAGAUGGUCGGUACAGGUGGAGGCAUGACCAAGUUCUCAAGACCAUUGCUGAAGCCAUCAGCGAAGGACUGGCGUGGGCAAAGCAGUUCCAACCCUCCAAGAAAACCAUCGCCUUUGUCAGAGCUGGGGACAAGCCAACUCCUGCCAGAAGAACAUCAUCUGCAGGCAUCCUGACGUCUGCAAGAGACUGGCAGUUGUUGGUGGACCUUGAACAUCAGCUGAAGUUCCCCAGCCAUAUUGCAGUCACCACCCUGCGACCAGACAUUGUCCUUGUGUCUGAGUCCACCAAGCAAGCAGUGCUGCUGGAGCUGACAGUCCCGUGGGAAGAUCGCUUGGAAGAAGCCUUUGAGAGGAAGCUCUCCAAGUACGCAGGACUGGUCAGUGACUGCCAGCUGGCUGGCUGGAGAGCAAGGUGUUUCCCUGUGGAGGUUGGAUGCAGAGGAUUUGCAGCCCGUUCCUUGGCCAGAGCCUUCAGUAGUUUAGGCAUCGAGGGCUCGGCGGCGUCCCCCUCGGCGUCCCCGCGCGUCCUCUCGGAGGAGCAGUUCCAGUGCUCCAUCUGCCUGGAGGUGUUCGUGGAGCCCGUGUCCACGCCGUGCGGCCACAGCUUCUGCAAGGCCUGCCUGCAGGGCUACUGGGACCACAGCAAGAAGUUCACCUGCCCCAUGUGCAAGAAGAGCUACGUCAAGCGGCCCGAACUGUCCAUCAACCGCGUGCUGGCCGAGAUCGCCACCCAGUUCCAGGGCCUGUCCGUGCUGGAGGUGGGGGGGGCCCCCGUGGGCAAGACGAAAGGUGGAGAUUUCGCCCUGGAGGGGGACAUCGUGUGUGACGCCUGCAUCGGGAGGAAGCUCAAGGCUCUGAAGUCGUGUCUGAGCUGCCCGGGCUCGUUCUGCGAGACGCACCUGCGUCCGCACCGGAAGGUGAAGACGCUGCAGUCCCACCGGAUCGUGCCCGCCGUGGCUCACCUGGAGGACAAGCUGUGCCGCAAGCAUGAGCGCCUCCUGGAGGUCUACUGCCGCAACGACCACAUCUGCAUUUGCCCCGACUGCGCCAACACCAACCACAGGACCCACGACAUCGUCUCCACCGAGAGAGAGUGGAAGAAGAAGAUGAGUCAGGUGACCAAGAGACGAACAGAGAUCAAACACCUCAUCAAGGAGCGGGCCAAGAAGCUGGACGAGAUCAAACAGUCCAUCAAGGUCAUCAAGUCCACAUCCCAGAAGGAGCUGGAGGAGAGCUGGCAGGUGUACGCGGAGCUGCAGAAGGUUCUGGAGAGGUGCCAGGCCGAGCUGGUGGAGCUGAUCUCCUCGCGGCAGAAGCAGGCGGAGGACCAGGCCAAGGAGCUGGCCCAGGGGCUGGAGCAGGAGCUCAACCUCCUCAAGAGACGCAGCAACGAGUUGGAGACCCUCGCGCACACACAGGACAAAGUCAUCUUCUUACAGUUGCUUCCUACAUUGCCUCCACCCCCUGAGCCUUCUGAUUGGUCAGCAGUGUCCGUGAACACAGACCUGUACUUGGGCACAAUCAGGAAGUCAGUCGACUCCCUGGUGAACAAGUUCCAGGACGAGCUCAAAAGGUUGCAUGGCAAAGAACUUGGGAAGCUCCAGAACUAUGCAAAUGAAGUGCUCCUGGACCCCGUCACCGCCCAGCGCAACCUGACCGUGUCCGAGGACGGGCGCCAGGUGCGCUACGAGGAGCACCGCAGCACCCACAGCUCGGACAGCCCCCGGCGCUUCAGCCCGGCCCUCUUUGUCCUGGGCCGCGAGGGAAUGGCGUCCGGCCGCCACUACUGGGAGGUGGACGUGGGCCGUAAGACAGCCUGGACUCUGGGGGUGGCUCGCUCUUCCGCCCGACGCAAGGGCGAGAUCAGGCUGAGCCCGGAGGGCGGGUUCUGGUGCCUCUGGCUGAAGGAAGGUCAGGUGAAGGCCCUGGCCACCAACCGGGUCACCCUGGAGAUCCAGGCUCCCCCGCAGAAGGUCGGGAUCUUCCUGGACCACGAGGUGGGGAUGGUGUCGUUCUACGACGCCAGGGCGCAAACGCACCUGCACACGUUCCACAGCUCCUUCGACGGGGAGAACCUGCACCCCAUCUUCAGCCCUUGCCCCAACCAGGACGGGAAGAACGGAGCACCUCUGGCCCUGACCGCAGUCAAGCAUGGAUGAGUCUGAAACACUGGAUUCUUCCUGGGUGGAGGGACUAUUCCAUAUAUUGAAUGACAAACUCAAUGUGCACUCUUUGGAUAUGGACUUUGGGAUCUUGACACACUGUCAUACCUACAGAGAACACUAGUGCUGACAGAUUAUAAACUACACUUGCAUUUAUCCCUAGCAUCAAUACUGGUAAUGUGGGAGAUGGGCUUUCGAAGGUGGUAAUAUUAGGUGAAUAUGAGCAUCUAAUAACACAAUGUUUUUGUCCUAAAAUGGCUCUCACUACUGUAAAUACUUUAAACUCACUGCAGUCAUUACCAAAAAUCAAGACCUGUAUUCAUAAUAUGGUGACGGGCUAUGAACUUACUGUGUGCAAUGAUUCGCCAUGAUGUUCUGUGACCUUUCGUGUGACCUCUACAGUACUGUUUAGGUGUGAGGAUCACAAUCACAUGACUAUUACACUAUAACAUGAAUCACAUGACUAUUACACUAUAACAUCAAUCACAUGACUAUUACACUAUAACAUCAAUUAACAUCAAUAACAUUAACAUCUGGCAAACCUUACUGAAUCACAAAAUCUUAAUUAGCAUACAAAAUUGUGUAUAUUUUAUUGAAUUAUCUUUUUUUUCAGAUAUUAUAUUGUUGUGUUGUGAAAGUACAAUGCUGUAUUUAAUAAGGGCUAUACUAGACUGGAUUGUACUGAACUUUUUUCCAUUUAUUAAAAUAAACGUUUCCAUGAAGAAGAAAAAUCAAAAAA